AUGGCGGACCUCAGACUUCCCAACGGCAAAAGAUUGUUUGGCAAUAGCAGGGACAGAGCAAGAAGCAAGCGCCGGUUGACGACCAUUAUCAGCAGAAGUUAUAUGCACGCGGACAGGAACAACAGCGACGAUGGCAACGAGAGCGACUUGACCAUGGAAAGCGGUCCGGUCAUCAAGGAGGAAGACAUUCUCUCCCUUCAUCCGGCACCGACCCGAGCCGGCACCUCGGACCCCACACUGGGCCUCAACAACGCCACGCAGACGGCUCCCCUCAACGCACUUGAGCCCAACAGAGCACUCCUCCAAAUCUCGCCGAAGUUGACUAUCCUGAACAGCAAUAUGGAUGGGAACGGCAAGCUCUCUUUCGUGAUCAACUACGGCUCUCCUACCGUUUGGGUGUUGUAUCACCAAGUUAACCAGGACGCCGGCAUCAAGGUGUAUCUCCGAAACCUUUCUACUAAGGAUUGGGAGGAGUAUAUGACUGGCGGGGAGAAGGCAUGGCUCGAGCCUGCAGACCUUGGGAUCCAUCUGGAUGGCCAACAGAUACAGGUGACAGAGGUACAUAGGAUGAAGAAAUGGGACGGUAGAAUGAUGCUUGAGAUCUCGGUAUCCGACUUGGUGUUGGACGAGGAUGGAGUACAUCGCAUGGGGUUAGUUGAGGAAGCUGCCCAAUUUCUGCACGAGAAUGCCUUCGAUAUCGUUUAG